GAUCUCUCAAUUCUAUUCUACAUGUGAUCAGGCCUGCAUAUAUGACACAAUCGAAUUCGAGUGGUGAUUAACGAAUUUCGAACUACUCCAGGGAGUGUGUACCUGAUACGAUAUAUAUGUAAUUAUGGUUGGACGCGUGUCGAGCUAAGUAAUUUAAUAUUUGAAUAAAAGUGAUAAUGACACGGGUAGGUUAGAAUUUUCAAUAUUUCAUUUCACAACGAAACAAUCGGUGAGAUAUAAGAAGGCAUAGAAAAUUUUCCUUGAGUAUGUCAACGUCAACAAUUAUGCAGACCUAAUGAAAGUAUCCAAGAUAUCAUCAAAAUUGAAAUGCGACAGUCGACGUCGACGAGCGAGCGAAAGAGAUAGAGAACGCGUAGAAUCGUCGUCGUGUCAAGAGCAAGUCGCACGUACCAGUGUUCGCAAACAAUAGAAUUAAUUGUUACAUCGAAAAAACGGCGAAAAGAGCAGGUCGCAUAAAUGCCUCUCGUCGCAACAAACUGUUCGCACACCGAGGGUCUCGGUGAUCUUUCGAUCGUCGAAGACGUGGUGAAUGGCCAUGAAACGUUUGAUAAAUGCGUCGAAUGCGACAACAAAGGAUAUAACCUAUGGCUAUGUCUCUAUCCGGACUGCCGAUACGUUGGUUGCGCCGAGCAACAUCUCGAUCACAGCACUCUUCACAAUCGUAAAUUGUCUUCGCAUUCAGCUCACAUGAAUUUAUCAUCCAAUCGAAUCUGGUGUUACUCUUGUCAAUCAGAAGUUCACACUGCUCGCGUUCCUGCGUCUAUGCUUUCAUCUAAUCAGAUUGAUCUUAAGCUUGCCAACAAGUUUUCUGGAGAUGCCUCGGUUAGCAUUGACUGCAAGCUUGAAAAUUAUGAAUUUCAUCAGAGGUUUGUUAGAAAGUUCAUGGAUGAAAACAAUAUGGGAAACCGAAUCAUUGCAGACCAAGGAGACCCAUUUAUUGAACGAGCAGAUGAUUCACCUGACUGUUCAGAUUUGGAUGAGAGUGAAGAUUAUGCCGGAAAGCCAAGAGGAUUAGUGGGUUUACAAAAUAUUGGCAAUACUUGCUACAUGAAUUCAGCAUUGCAAGCUUUAUCGAAUGUGCCACCUUUGACGCAUUUCUUUACUGAUUGUGGUCAUAUGGUUUCCAACAUCACUCGAGAACGUAAACCUACAUUAAGUUUGAGUUAUUUAAAACUUGUCAGAGAAAUAUGGAGUAGAAGAACCAGAGGCUUUGUAGUACCUCAUGCUAUCCUUACUAGCAUACGAACAGCUCACCCUAUGUUUCGAGGUUAUCACCAGCAUGACACACAAGAGUUCCUACGUUGUUUCAUGGACCAACUUCACGAAGAAUUGAAAGAGAUCGUAGAAGAAGAUCGUGAGGGUGGUUUACGAUUAAAAAAUCUCGGUGAGCCAUCUUCGGACGAAGAGGAAGCAGAAGUCGACGGUGCAGGAUCGAGCCAGUCGGACGGCGAAUACGAAACUUGCGACUCAGGAGUGAGCGAACAGAGCUCUCUAAGCGACGAAGGCGAUCGAGGUAUGAAACGCAGGUAUUCUAGGGUCAGUCAAAGUGAAAAGCAAAGAAGCAAGUUCAGUAAUCGUUGUGCGAAAAAAGGCUCGGUCGACGUUGCCUACUCGCAGCAACAGAGGUCUCCACAGAGUUCACCCGCCAAGCAUCGCUCAAAGAAGCAAACGAAAACACGUAGUAUCAUCAGCGAUAUAUUUGACGGCAAACUUCUAAGCAGUGUACAAUGUCUCACCUGUGAUAGAAUAUCUACACGGAUCGAGACUUUCCAAGAUUUGUCAUUACCCAUACCUAGUCGAGAUCACAUCGACAUGUUGCACCAAGGCUCGCUCACCCCACAGAAAGCAGGGCCAUGUUCCGACGUUGUGUACGUGACUAAUCAGUCGGGUUGGUUCGCCUGGUUUGGCUCGAUGUUCCAAUGGGUCCGAUCUUGGUUUUGGGGCCCAGUGGUCAGUUUGCACGAUUGCCUGUCAGCAUUCUUCAGCGCAGACGAGCUCAAAGGCGAUAACAUGUACAGCUGCGAAAAGUGCAAUAAACUGCGUAAUGGUAUCAAGUUUUCCAAAGUUCUCGAGCUACCCGAGGUUCUGUGCAUUCAUCUCAAGAGGUUCCGACACGAACUUAUGUUCAGCUCUAAAAUCGCAAGUUAUGUGUCUUUCCCAUUAGAUAAUCUCGACAUGCGACCUUAUUUGCACAAAGAUUGCGUCUCCAAGGUUACUACUUACAACCUCAUAUCAGUAAUCUGUCAUCAUGGUACGGCUGGUGGGGGACACUAUGUCUGCUACGCCUUGAAUGCUAUCACCAAUCAGUGGUUUGAAUUCGACGAUCAAUGUGUCACUCCUGUAUCGCCGGAAACCGUGAAGAACUGUGGAGCUUAUGUAUUGUUCUACAAAAAGAGAUCGAAAGAUAUGAUGGAUUUACGUCGGGAAACAGUUGAUCUCGUUGAGAGAUGCUCGAAGGAACCGUCUGAGGUUAACUAUUUUGUUUCUAAACAAUGGAUCAAUCGAUUUAACACGUUCGCAGAGCCAGGACCGAUCGACAAUUCUGAUUUCUUAUGCCCUCACGGUGGAGUCAACCCAGCGAGGGCCAAAUUUGUAGAUAAACUUUGUACGCCUAUUGCUCAACCUGUUUGGGAGUUUUUAUUUCAAGCAUUUGGUGGUGGACCAGUUUGUACGCAUUUAUAUGAAUGCUCAGUUUGCGAGGAGAAAAAAUAUGAAGCACUAGAGAAGCGUCGAUUCUAUGAACAAGAGCUUUUGAACCAAUUGAGUCGUUCAGAUAAUCCAAAUGCUGCUUAUGCUCUUGCUUGGUUUAGGCAAUGGCAGACCUAUCUUAAAAAUAAGGAAAGUCAGUCUUCUGGACCAACAGACAAUAGCUUCAAUGUUGUAAAUAGGUGUGGUCAAACUGUUUUGAAAGUUGGUUCUGAGUAUAGUCCAAUACCAGAAGAUGUUUGGCAAGCCAUUGUAAAUACGUAUGGCAGCGGUGCUGAAGCAAUGCAUCAUUCGAGUCAACGACCAGCACCUACGCAUUCGAGUAUUCCUACACAUUCCACAGCAAGUCUAAAUCUCGUGGAUCAAAAUCCAAAGCUCAAUCGUGUACCAGGCAAAUUGAAGCAAUCGACAAGCGCUCUCGAUAAAUUAGAAAUGAUGCAGGAAAGCAGCGUACCAGCUGAAAACAAUUCAGUUAUAAACAGUGAUAUUCAGAAAGUGUCAAGAGAAGUUAACGGUUAAGAAUUUGCCCAUAUCUUUCUAUUUUAUCGUCUGCAGAUUUUCGCAACUCAUUUGAUUGUACCAUAAAAAUUAAUCGAUGCACUAAGUACAUUUUCUUUGGCAGUAAAUAUUUAAGUUUUGACAAACGAACAUAUUAGUUUCACUCUAUUUUUUAAUUAAUAGACUAAUCACUAUUUUAGUGAAGUUUUACUAUUCAUUGUUUAUUGAUUUGUUUCCAUUUGUAAUUCUUUAACAUCUUAUUUCGUUUUUAUUUACAACCUCGCAAAGAGUUGUAUAAAAGUGUAAAUAACUAGUAAAUGUGUAAAUGAAUUGCAAAAGUCGAUAAAAUAGAGCUUUCGCAUUACUAAAUAUAAUGAUCCACAGAUUAGCAUGUUGAGCUUUCUUUAAACUUGUAAAAAAUUGUUGUGAGGCUCAUUUGAUUUCAUUUGGGAUUCUUUUGAAACGGAGAAUUUUUGAUUGAAAGUAAGAUGAUAAAUUUAUUAAGUAGCACGCUUGUACAAAGAAACGCAAAUGAAUGAAAUUCCGAGCACUUCGGCCAAAUUAAGAGCGUUCGAUUUUGAGUCAUCUCCCACGCGUGAGAGAAAAGAAAGCCUCUUUUGCUAUAUCUUGAAUAAUUUGUUUGAAGCGAGACUUGAAAUACUGCGAUAUAGAAAGACCUUUAAUAAUGGCUAGCAAUGAAGUCAAUUUAAAUUUUCAUUUUAUUACUGAAGCAACUAAUUGAACGAUGUCGUUUAAUAUUUGUAAUUUUAAGGUAUAGUUGUGUUUUUACCACUACUACUACUACUGCUGCUGCUGCUGCCGCUGCUGUUACUACUACUGCUACUAUUACUAUUACUACUAUGGUGUUCAGCAUUUUGUCUUUUUUCACUAUUUUCCCAUAAUGUCACUUAUAUACAAAACUAUUUUGAGCAGUACUGCUCUUUUAAAUUGGCAUUUACGUUAACAUUCUUACCGAACAAGAUUGAAAAAUACGCCUGUACGGUAAACUGGAAAGAACAAAAAGACUGACAAUUGCAUAAAACUAAACAUUAAUUUAGUACGUUUCUGAAAAUCUAUUAUUUCUUUUAUGUUAAUGGAAGUCUAUGAAAAAAAAAAUUAUGUCAAAACUGGCUUAAGUUAUCAUGAAAGAGGGUAUAUAUAGAGAUGAACAAAUCAUAGGAAAAAAUGCCAAAUAUAAACGAGAAAUACUACACUUUAUGUUAUAAAUUUAUUCGUUUAUUGUGCUAUAUGUAAAAUAGUUAUUGUAAAGUGUUUCAAGGUGUGAGGUGAAGGAAAUUUAUUGUUGAAAAAAUAACACGUUCAAUGCUAUUGUAAUAUUUGUUAGUGCAUUGAUUAUUUAAUUUUUCUGUCGGUUGCUCGAUAAAACUUAUGGAAUUUUUGUUAAUCGCUAAGCCUUUUUGUUCUGCGAAAAUAAAUGUAAAAAAUGGAUAAAUGCUAAAUUUAGUCAAUUGUUUCUUCUAGGUAUUAGAAAAAAAUAAGUUCAGUAACUGGUAUAAUUGAAUAGUGGCUAAUUGUGGGAUUGCGUUGAGAAUUGAAAAUCAUUCGUACUAUUGAUCAAUUACGAUUGUGAACUAUAAUAUAAGCUAGGAAAUAAAGAAUUUUUUUAUUUAUUAAUCACUUUAUUUGAAAGCAGAUAUCAUCAUACUUCCUCUUAGACAAUCAAAAAUAAAUAAAAUUUAAUAAGAAUACUAAAGAAGUCAUUAAU